UUUGGCUAGCAAAAUAAAUAAAUCACACAGAAAAAAGAAAGGGGUGGUGAAGAAAGGAAGAAUAGUAAAUAGAAUUGAAUUGAUUUUGAAAAAUUGCGAUUUGUCCAACGGAGACGGAGUUGCAGAAGAAGCGAAGGGCUGGGAAUUUCCAAACGCCGUCGUUUGCGGUGAUGGGCGAUGAGAUAUCUUCCUCCUCCUCCUCCGCGGUUAUGGCCAAUAGAGACAGAGAUCGAGAGCUUCUCAUCCCCGUCGCUAACACCGCCGACGCCGCUGACACCUCCAAACCGUCCUCUUCCUCCUCCGCCAUGCGUCAUGCCGGCCGCGAGACUUUUUACAAAGUUGUUAGGAGCUGGGCAUCAAAAAAGUUCAUGACUGGAUGUGUCAUUCUUUUGCCAAUCGCAAUCACCUUCUACAUAACAUGGUGGUUUAUUCAUUUCGUGGAUGGGUUUUUUUCUCCAAUCUAUGCUCAACUUGGAAUCAAUAUCUUUGGUCUUGGAUUCAUAACUUCCAUAACUUUCAUCUUCUUGGUUGGGGUUUUCAUGUCAUCCUGGUUGGGUGCAUCUGUCCUGGGACUUGGGGAGUGGUUUAUUAAGCGGAUGCCUCUUGUUCGUCAUAUCUAUAAUGCCUCCAAGCAAAUCAGUGCUGCUAUUUCACCAGAUCAAAAUUCACAAGCCUUUAAAGAAGUAGCCAUCAUUCGGCAUCCACGUGUUGGUGAAUAUGCAUUUGGAUUCAUCACCUCAUCUGUUGUCCUUCAGACUUAUUCUGGAGAUGAGGAGUUAUGCUGUGUUUAUGUUCCCACAAACCAUCUUUAUAUUGGUGAUAUAUUUCUUGUCAACGUCAAGGAUGUCAUUAGGCCAAACUUAUCCGUCCGAGAAGGAAUUGAAAUUGUUGUUUCCGGAGGCAUGUCAAUGCCGCAGAUCCUUUCAACGCUUGAUUCACGUGUUCCAGUGGAAAUAAAUAGGCCUGACAGAAGAUGAAGGUGAAAGGUGUAAUAGUAGUUCUUUUAGUAGCUUACUUGUUUCAUAUGGAGCCAUCAAAUGCAGCCAAUUUAUGUUGCGAAUGCAGGCAUUGAAUUUACGUUGUUCAUCUAUGAGCAAGUGCUAGAUUGAGAUGGUUUGUGUAACAUUCAUUUGUGUAAUAGAAUUUGGCAUUUGUCUGAAAAUAUUGGCUGGGUGAUGAUGAUACACGGCCAUAGAAAACUGUGGUAGGAGUCUCAAAUUUUCUACUUGUGCAUAUUAUGGUGGUUUCCACUUGUUAUAGCAAUUCAAUUUUGUAGUGCCGAUUACUGACCUACAACUUUUUUUUGAAACUACUGACCUACAACUUAA